CCGCUAAGAUGGCGGCGUGGGAGCUAGUGAAGGUUGCUGCUCGUCCCGUGGAGGUUCUCACCUGACACCGGAGGCGCCUCGGUGUGAGGGGUUCGCCAACAUGGACCUGCACACGGCCGUGUACAACGCGGCGCACGACGGCAAGCUGCAGCUGCUGCAGAAGCUGCUGGGCGGCCGCGGGCGCGAGGAGCUGGACGAGCUGCUGGGCGAGGUGCCGGGCGGGGGCACGCCGCUGCUGAUCGCCGCGCGCCGCGGCCACCUGGACGUGGUGGAGUUCCUGGUGGACCGCUGCGGCGCCAGCGUGGAGGCGGGCGGCUCGGUGCACUUCGACGGCGAGACCAUCGAGGGCGCUCCGCCGCUGUGGGCCGCGUCGGCCGCCGGGCACCUGGCCGUGGUGCGCAGCCUGCUGCAGCGCGGCGCGUCCGUGAACCGCACGACGCGCACCAACUCCACGCCGCUGCGUGCCGCCUGCUUCGACGGCCACCUGGAUGUGGUGCGCUACCUGGUGGGUGAGCACCAGGCCGACCUGGAGGUGGCCAACCGCCACGGCCACACGUGCCUCAUGAUCUCGUGCUACAAGGGCCACCGCGAGAUCGCGCGCUACCUGCUGGAGCAAGGCGCGCAGGUGAACCGGCGCAGCGCCAAGGGCAACACGGCCCUGCACGACUGCGCCGAGUCUGGCAGCCUGGAGAUCCUGCAGCUGCUGCUGGGCUGCCACGCGCGCAUGGAGCGUGACGGCUACGGCAUGACGCCGCUGCUGGCCGCCAGCGUCACGGGCCACACUAACAUCGUGGAGUACCUGAUCCAGGAGCAGCCGGGCCUGGGCGCGGACGGGCCGUGCGAUCUGCCCCCGCACGCCCCUGAGGAGGACCCCGAUGGCCGCGAGCCCUAUGAACGCUGCUGCCCCACCAGUAGGGAAGCGGCCGUGGAAGCUUUGGAGUUGCUGGGAGCCACCUACGUGGACAAGCAGCGCGACCUGCUGGGGGCCCUGAAGCACUGGCGUCGGGCCAUGGAGCUGAGGCACCAGGGUGGCCGGUACCUGCCCAAGCCCGAGCCGCAGCAGCUCGUCCUGGCCUACGACUAUUCCAGGGAGGUGACUACCGCCCAGGAGCUCGAAGCCCUCAUCACAGACCCCGACGAGAUGCGAAUGCAGGCCCUGCUGAUCCGAGAGCGCAUCCUGGGCCCGUCGCACCCCGACACCUCCUAUUACAUUCGGUACCGAGGUGCCGUUUACGCCGACUCCGGCAACUUCGAGCGCUGCAUCCGCCUGUGGAAGUACGCCCUGGACAUGCAGCAGAGCAACCUGGAGCCCCUGAGCCCCAUGACCGCCAGCAGUUUCCUGUCCUUCGCUGAACUCUUCUCCUAUGUGCUGCAGGACCGCGCCGCCAAGGGCAACUUGGGCGUGCAGAUCGGUUUCCCGGACCUCAUGGGCGUCCUCAGCAAAGGGGUGCGGGAAGUGGAGCGGGCCCUGCAGCUGCCUAAAGAGCCGGGCGACUCGGCGCAGUUCACCAAGGCGCUCGCCAUCAUCCUGCACCUGCUCUACCUGCUGGAGAAAGUGGAGAGAAGUCCUAGCCAGGAGCACCUCAUGCACCAGACGGUCUACCGCCUGCUCAAGUGCGCCCCGCGGGGCAAGAAUGGAUUCACUCCGCUACAUAUGGCUGUGGACAAGGAGACUACCAACGUGGGCCGCUACCGCGUGGGGGUCUUCCCCUCCCUGCACGUGGUCAAAGUGCUGUUGGACUGCGGGGCUGACCCCGACAGCCGCGACUUUGACAACAACACGCCGCUACACAUCGCUGCCCGGAACAACUGCCCAGCCAUCAUGAACGCCCUGAUCGAAGCUGGGGCCCACAUAGACGCCACCAACGCCUUCAAGAAGACAGCCUACGAGUUGCUGGAUGAGAAGCUACCAGCCAAGAGCACCAUGCAGCCGUUCAACUACCUGACCCUGCAGUGCCUUGCCGCCCGCGCCCUGGACAAGAACAAGAUCCCCUACAAGGGCGUCAUCCCCGAGGAGCUGGAGGCCUUCAUUGAGCUGCACUGAGCCGUGGGAGCCUCCGUAGAAGUGGAGGUGGGCCUCUCAAGACCUGAAGUGGAAGGGUUCCCACCUCCAUCCUAUCUGCCUACGCCAAGGGUAUUGAAAUGAGCCAGCUGUGGGUUCUGCGUCCCUUCAGGAAGAUGGUCUCCCUUCAGGGCACUGGGAGGAGGAUCCAGCCCCUCGCCCCACUCAUCCGCCUGGGACUGGGGAGGUGCUUUGCCUUCUUAGCCAGAGGCAGCAGGACCCCGCUGACAGCCUUACAUUAGUGCUGGAAAUGGAGGAAGAGCCUGCGAAUGGUGUCCAGCAGUGUGAAGAUAGGGUCAGGAGUUGAAGGUCAAGGAGCCUUACCAACUGUCCCUCCCACACGGUGGUGCUCCAGGCUCCCAAUGCAGUAGGAGUCAAGUCGGGUCCUUGCAUGGCUUGCACUUGGUUUCGUGUUUACUUAUCGAGCAGGUGGCAAGCGUUGCACAGAAGUUCUGAGAUUUUGCCGCCUUAUUUUUUUUUUUUUUUUUUGUUAAUUAUGUUUGUUGCACUGAGUAAAUUAAUUUGAAGCCGUGGGGAUUUUGCGGUAGCCAAAGCCAUCCAUCAGGUGAGCUCUGCUCAGGUGGAAGCCCUGACAUUGGGAAGGUCUUGCUGUGCUGUUUACAUGCCCUGCAGCUCCCGUCUGUGUGAAAGAGAACUGUUCCAGUAAGGCCAUUGGCCACCACAGCCUGCAGGUCCCAUGCAGCCUUCCAUGCCAGUGAGGGCUAUGGCCACCUUUACCAGCUCUGAAGGCCUGUUCCCAGUCAUGUCAUGACAGAGGCCCAUGAGACUCAAACCAGCUGGGCCCGACAAGGGUGAAGAGGAGCACUUGUCCAUGGCUGGGAGCACAGGUCAGCCAUAGAGUGCCAGCCCAACCUGAGGUCCUCCAUUCUUUCCCAGCACCAAAAAAUCAAACCAAAACCUAGUUGCCAGGUGCUCCCACACUAUUCCCACCACUCAGGGUAUGCGAACCCUAACACUGAAUUGUGUCCCAGAGAGACAUUGUUUGAAUGUCCUGGCAGGAAGAACGGAUUCUGGACCCAUCGGAACCAGCUGUCCCCAAGUGGGCAGAAGGCCAAGUCACAUCCCUCCUGCAGCUGUCAGAAGCCACAGUGGGCACCCGGGUGACCGCCCCACGGAGGACACUAGGUGUGAGUUUGCAGUGUUAGUUAGGGAAUAUUCUAACUUUCAAGACAAGCCUUGGGCUUCUUGGGAGGGGCCUCCAGCCUCACUACCCCAAGGCCUAGAGCAAAGAAACAAGGUGGAUUCCAUUGUGAAUCCCAGCACUGAUUUAUGACAUUAAAAGGCAAGUAUGUGACAAGCA